AUGAUGGUGGGGAGUAGUGUUACGCUUCUUAUUCCCGUGUUGCUCCAAAUGUAUACAUCGCUGCUUGUGAACGAUUUCGACGGCGUCCUCGAGUGUCAACCACCAUUAUUUACAACCGCUAUAAAUGCUUUGAAGUUAGUAAAUCUUCAAAUAAACAGGAAACGUGUGCGUAUCUUCCCUAUCAUGAGAAAAAUGUUUAUCUCUGUGGAAGAAGAAUGGAAUGUGUUGGAGUUUGAUAGUUCUCUGUAUGUUCUGGAUGACAUUACCAAAACUGGAAGUAAAAUUGCGCACCUCUACAGAAGUAGCAUAUUAUCAUUGUUGGUAGCGUUCGUAUUUCUUCCGUUGGCCAAUCCAAUGUUGGAUAUUGUUAUGCCACUGAACGUAACACGACCUCGACCGCAAGUAUUUAAACUUUAUUACUUCGUGAACAACGACGAGCAUUUUCUCCCAAUAUAUUUUCACGCGAGUAUAUGUUCCAUUUGUGUUAUACUAAUGAUGAUCACUGUCGAUUCUGUGUACAUGGUGUUAGCUCAUCACAACUGUGGAUUGUUUGCCGUAUGCGGAGAUAAGAUUAAGAAAUUGACGCAAAAUAACCGAACUAGAAUCGGAGUUGCUACGAGGGACGAUGGAUACGAGGAAGUCAGAGAAUGUGUGGUGGUACACAAGAAAGCCAUCGAGUUUGUAGCGAUUUAUACUAAGUUAGGAAAAAGAAGUACGAACUAUUUACUUUAUUCGACUCACUGGUUAUUUUAUCGUGUUUCGAGGUUUUUCAAGAUCCUGGAGCAAAUGACUAGAAGUAAUUACGUAGGUCUGAUCGGAGCUGCAAUGAUCUGUACAUGCGUAACAGCUUUCCAAGUAGUUGUGCACUUGAACGAACCCUUCGAAGCUCUCAGACAUUGUGUUUUCUGUAUUGGCAACAACUUUCAUCUAUUCUACGUCAGUAUACCCGGGCAGAUAAUUGCUGAUCAUAGUUUUGAACUCUCCACUAACAUGUAUUCCUCUGAAUGGUAUCAAACAUCGGUGAGAGUACAAAGAGUACUCGGUAUGGUGCAACUAAGAUCCAGUAGACCGUGUGAAUUAACUGCAGGCGGAGUGUAUAGAGUAAACAUCGAAAAUUUCGGAGUGAGUUUUAAAACGUGCAUGUCAUACUUUACGAUGUUGCUGUCGACGAGAAAAUAG